GGUCCCGGGCGGGGCCGGCAUCGCCGCGGCUGGCUGCGGCCGCGGUGGCGGCGGCGCGCCGCCUCGCCUCCCCUUGGCUCGCCUCACCUCGCCUCGCCUCGCCUGGCCGCUCGCCGCCGCGGAGGGGCGGCGCUGCCUCCCCGCGCUCCCCCGCCCGGCGCCCCCGCUCCGUCUCCGGGAAGGGCGCGGGGAGCCCCUCGCUCCCCCUCAGCGCAGCGGCGGCGGCGGCGGCUUGGGUGCGAUGCCGUGUUAGCCGGCGGCCCGCCCCCGAGGUAGCGCCGGCGGGAAGGGGCGCCAGUUGCCGGGGCUGUGGCUGGCACCAUGGGCACCGGGCUGGGGGGCGCGGCGGGAGGGCUCCCUGCGCGCUCCGGCUGAGCCCGGAGAUGUGCCGGCGCCCUGGGGAAAUAUUUUGGAAAUAGCGCGGAGCGGUCCGAGGAGGACGGGAGGCACAACGUUCUACCAGCUGAGAGGAGGUCGCCCGGCGGUGCUGUAUAGGCGAACAAAUAUCACUUGCUGUGUGAUAGCACAUGGAUUUCAGGACCGCCUGUGAAGAGACAAAGACAGGGAUUUGUUUGCUGCAGGAUGGUAACCAGGAGCCUUUCAAAGUGCGACUGCACUUAGCCAAAGAUAUUUUGAUGAUCCAGGAGCAGGAUGUGAUCUGUGUGUCUGGUGAGCCUUUCUAUUCUGGUGAAAGAACAGUAACAAUUAGAAGACAGACUGUAGGAGGAUUUGGAUUAAGUAUAAAGGGUGGAGCAGAACAUAGUAUUCCAGUGGUCAUUUCUAAGAUUUCCAAAGAACAACGAGCGGAACUUUCAGGUUUGCUCUUUAUAGGAGAUGCAAUUCUACAGAUUAAUGGAAUUAAUGUGAGAAAAUGCAGGCAUGAAGAAGUGGUUCAGGUCCUUCGCAAUGCAGGGGAAGAAGUGACCCUAACUGUGUCCUUUCUGAAAAGAGCACCUGCUUUUCUCAAACUGCCACUGAAUGAAGAUUGUGCAUGUGCCCCCAGUGACCAAAGCAGUGGCACGUCCUCUCCCCUGUGUGACAGUGGUUUGCAUCUCAACUACCAUCCCAACAACACGGAUACAUUAUCAUGUUCCUCAUGGCCAGCAUCCCCAGGACUUAGGUGGGAAAAAAGGUGGUGUGAUCUCCGAUUAAUUCCACUUCUUCAUUCACGGUUUUCCCAGUACCUUCCAGGAUCAGAUUUGUGCAGGCAAAAUGCGUUCCAAGUAAUUGCUGUGGAUGGGGUUUGCAGUGGAAUAAUUCAGUGUCUCUCUGCUGAAGACUGUAUUGACUGGCUACAAGCAAUAGCAAGUAACAUUUCCAACCUCACAAAGCACAAUAUAAAAAAAAUCAACAGGAAUUUUCCCAUAAACCAGCAGAUAGUCUACAUGGGCUGGACGGAAGAACGGGAACAAGACUCCCUUCAGGAUCGAAUGUACACACCAAAGUUUCUAGCACUGAGGGGAUCUUCCCUGUAUAAAUUUAUAGCACCUCCAGUCACAACCUGGGAUUGGACACGAGCUGAGAAAACAUUUUCAGUUUAUGAGAUAAUGUGCAAAAUUCUCAAGGACAGUGAUCUACUGGACCGACGGAAACAUUGCUUCAGUGUCCAGUCUGAGUCUGGAGAAGAUCUUUACUUUUCUGUGGAGCUAGAGUCUGACCUAACACUAUGGGAAAAAGCCUUCCAAACAGCAACUUUUUUAGAAGUUGAACGGAUACAGUGCAAGACGUAUGCCUGUGUUUUGGAGAGUCAUCUUAUGGGACUUACUAUUGACUUUAGCAUGGGCUUUGUCUGUUUUGAUGCUGCCACAAAGGCCGUACUUUGGAGGUACAAGUUUUCCCAGCUCAAAGGUUCGUCAGAUGAUGGGAAGAGCAAAAUCAAAUUUUUGUUCCAAAACCAAGAUACUAAACAAAUUGAAGCAAAGGAGCUGGAGUUUUCGAACCUGUUUGCAGUCCUUCACUGUAUCCACUCAUUCUUUGCAGCCAAAGUGGCUUGUUUGGACCCUUUGUAUGUAGGCAGUCAAGCCACAGCUUCUGCUGCUCCCACAACUUCUGGUACUGGCAAAUUAAAGUAUACCACUUGACAUCUCACAUUACAGCACUGCCACUUAACAACAAGACUUAACAAUGUAUACAUAUUCAUAAGAUGUAGACCUUUGGUGAACCACGUACGUGGAAACCAAUCCUGGAGGCAAGACAUCUUGCAGCAUCAGCAGAUAAAUGGUCACGUGGGAUCAUAAAUUCAUCUCUGUUCUGCAAGACAUCAGUAAAUAAUCCUAGUUGAAACCCCAGAAUAGGAUGGAUAUGCUUUUAGUAUGAUCUAUUUGUACUUAAAUAGUGCUUUAAGCAACACUGGAAGCAAAGGAAUAAAUGACGAAAUGAAGCACUUCAGUAUUUAAUAAAAUUUUCAAAUUGCUGUAAUAAUACACAAAUAGAAUUGUCAUUUUCCUGUUUUCAGAUGUUUUUUAUGACAUAUACUAAACUCUGAGUAUGAACUUAGUACCCUAUCAUUAUAUUAUAAAUGACAUAAAAGCAAGCAACAAGCAUAUGGUAAGUACAUGGUGACAAGGAGAUAAGCAUGAAAUGGCAUUUGUGUAAGUAUCUCCUCAAAUAAGAAAGCACUUUAAGCAUUGCUGUAGGAUCCAUACAUGUGUUCAUACAGGGAGUCAUGCUACCUUUUCUAUUUUGUUCUUUUAGUCUAACAAUAGCAACAACAGAGAUAUAGCCAUAUUAGACUGAUACAUUUUAAAAAAAAAAAACAAACAACAAACCAAGCCACAAAAAGCAAAACACCUUUCCAUGAGGAAGUCCUUCUUCUUCAAGUAAAAAUAAUGUGGUAUGAAAUUAAUUUUAUUACAAAUUAAGUGCAAGUGUGUAAAAUGUCAUAUCUGCUAUUUACUUCCUUUUUUUUGGCAAGAAUUAAAUUCUGUAAAUCUAAUAGUCUUUGUUCACAAGACUUAGCUGUUGAAUUUGUUUCAGAGACAAUCUGCCUAAUACAUUGUUUCCGUGUUUAACCUCAAUUUCACUUCAUAAGUAGUACCUCUGUUCCACUCAGGCUCUCAGCAAAAUAGACAUUCUACAUUAUGCUUGAAAAAUGAGUCUACCCUUUGAAUUCUUAAUAAUUUAUUUUUUAAUAUAUUGUUAGUAAAAGGCAGGAAUAAAUUAAAUAACCUGUAAAGAAUAAAUGACAGAAUGCAUAAUGUCUUUGUAUGUUAAGAAUAUUACAUCACUCUGGACCACAUACUAGUUCCAAAGUACCAUUUAAUGAUGAAAUCUGAAAGAGCUGUAAAUUUUAAAUUAAUUACUUUAUUUAAAUAUAAUUUUACAAAAUAAUUUAGUUUUAUGCUAUUACAUACAUCAGUGAAGGUGGAAAAAUGGCGGGAGCCUCUGUGGGAUAUAGCUGAAACAACAGAAAAGGUGAGGGAUUUUUUUUGCCAGACGUGAUAAGAGAACCUAAGAAAACUGCAGAAAGAACAGGUAGUGCAGCUACAGUGUGUGCAUAAUGUUUUAAAUAGUACUUUGUGGGGUUUCUGUUUAUUAUAUUGAAAUCAAAACCUCCUUUUUUCUUUUUUUUCACUUAGACUUGUUAUAAAAACACAUAGCACGUAAGGGUUGUGGACACCAUCUGCCUUGUUUAGCAGAAAGACUAAUUCUGUCACAUCCCUUUCUACAUAUUAAGAUAAUUAAAACUUCAAAUGUGAAGCCAGAGGAAAGCUUUUUCAAAAUGGGAACAAUUCAAAAUGCAAGGCAGGGACAAAAGAUGAAUGAACUGUAGGGGCAAAUCAUGUCCCUGUUUUUUUGCUUUGCAUUAGAAGUAUUUGGAUUUAUGUGUGUGAGAGUAUCCCUGCCUUGAAGUAUAGCUUAUCUCACUUGAUACUGGUUCCAAAUAAUCUGAAAAUAUAUUUUCUAGGGACUCUUUUAUCACUUUCAAAUGACUUUCAGUACUUUCUUACUUCUUGUUAGUACACCUCCAAGGGUUACAUGUUUAUUUUCCAUGCUAAAUACAAUGGAAUGAUGUUCUAAUCCAGCUAUUAAAUGCUUUAAGUGUCAUCAAAAUCCAACAUUUUCAUAGUCAUCAUUGAGUGUUUGUUUAUAUGAAUUAUCCCUGAAUAAGGGGGUCACAUCCUGGUCUCUGAACGACACACAAAACUACCGUGGCUGUCCAUGGGAUCUCGAGUUUGUUCCCGAGGGAGUACAAACCCCAGAUAUUUUGAAUCCAAAGCUACAACAGUCUAAGGGGUUGAAUGAUGGUAACUCAGGCACUGUCCUUGUCAAGAAAGCAUAUACUGGAAACAAAAAUUUUGACAAAGCACUGACAAUGCUGAAAACAGAAGCUCGAUAUCUGUUAAUGACAGUUCUCCUCUGUGCUCCUGAAUCAUCUCCUUCCUUUUAGUGCAUUGCUGUGGCAUUCAGCUAUCACAGUGUUGGCAUGUGCUAACACCUCAGUAAAUGCUCUGCUGGUAAUAGCAGAAUCUAAAACUAAUCAGCUGCCAGUUGAAUGUUUUUCCUGCAACCAUUCAUGUUAUGUGCACAGUUGUACCACUAAAACUGAGAGUUGUUUAAGGAACAUUGUUUAAUGUUCUUAAAUUAACAUAACAUUUACCCAAACCAGCAGAAAGUAUGUCAUUGCGAACUGCUGUAGAUUAAGGGAUUCCAUGAUAUGAAAGCCCCCCCAACCCCCCAAAAUUGCUGCUUGUGCAGAACUGAGCUAAUGACAUUAACUUUUGGGACUCCACCAGUAUGCUAAAGAUCUCUGUCAAGUAUUCAGUUUGUAGAACUGCUGUAUUCAUCAGUGAGACUUUGGUAACUUAAAUGCACAACAUUUAAGAGACAAACACUAGCCUGUAAACUGAUUUUUUUUGUUUUUCUAAACUCCUAUAUUUCAAAGACCUGAACUGGUGGGGUUUAAUCAAUACUUUUAUUUUCAAGAAGAUAAAAGCGACGUUGUGAGAAUAUAAAAUGUUGUAGACUUGACUGCAGGUCAGUGUUGGUUUGUAAAUGUAGCAGGGGUUUGUGCACUGACCUCACAGAAUAUUCAGAGGUGACUCUGUAUCCAGGCUUGCUCUUUCAGAGCAAGCUGGUUGGAAAUUCAGUCUUGAACCAAACAGGGAAAUUUUUAAACUCUGUGCUAUAGCUAAUCCUGAAAUAGCAAAAUAUAAUUUACAAACAUAUUAAAUGGCUAUAUUUUUCAUUUCAAUACUUGCAGGACAUUCCCAUUUAAAGCAUAGUGAACUUCAUACACGUAUGUCAAAAAACAGGCUUUAUGUUGCAGCCUCCCAUUUGACACGUAACGUAUAAUGAAUGCAGGCAUUUUCUAAGUCAACACAGCCCAGUGACAAUGAAAAAACACAAUUAUAAUGAGCUAUCAGCUUUUGCUAAAAAUCUGUAUGCAAGUGAAAGCAAAUUUUUUAACAAAAAAGAGCAAACCAACCAACCCAUAACAUAAAAUAUUUGUUCACUUUAUGCCAUGAUAUUCCUAAAUAAGUUUAAUAAAAAAAAUUCUUUAUAGUACUGUGCCUAUUGAGGUGAUGUUAUAUAGUAUACCAAAAAUAUGUACUCUUUAAUUAUAACUAAAUAUAUUUGGUUUGAUUUGAUUUGCUUUCUGAUGAAAAUUUUAGAUGAUCUGACCUUCACAGAACUAACCAUAUGUUAGGUUAUAGUGUUAGCAUAAUUUUAUUAUGAAAGUGUUACCUAUUUGAAUACACGUUAUUCUGGAUUUCAUCAGUGAAUAAGUUUCAUUUCCUACAUCUGUUUAAAAAUACAGUUCCAGAUUUUCAGAAGAGCUUUCCAUUCCAGUAGCAUGAAGGCACCUUUGAAAUAAAAAUCAGCAUAUUUUUAAAUGCUGUCCAUUUUAUUUUGUUAAUUAAGGGCAGAAAGAAGUUUGUGGAGACAAAAUAGUUGUAAGGGGGUUAUUUUUCAAAACCAGUAAUUUGAAGUUUUGUCUAUUCAAACUAGAAUUCAUAAGAAUGCAAACCAAUAAUAUACAGUAUCAAUAUGCUUUGAGAUGAGAACCACAAAAAAUAUUAUUUUCCAUAUUAGCCCUUGAUUCCACAAAAAUAUAUUUAUUUACUUUGUGCACUUAGACUUUAUCAGAACACCUCAAAGUGGACAGUUAAACACGAGUAGGUAGUUGUCAAUACUGCAAUCUAUUACUUUAAAUGUGAUUUGGUUUAUUCAAUGCCUUAAGAUGUUUUUUACAUCAAACAAAAUUUUAAAAAGGCUGAAGAUCUUGUGAAUGUACAGUUGCUGCCCUUAGAAAUUCAGCAGCUUUGCUACAUAUUGUCUAAGUAUCCUCGAGUAUUCCCUAUGCCAAAAAGAAAGACAGUUUUUGUUCUGGUAUGGCAAUUCCAAUGAACCUUUUGGAAAAUGUAAUUUUAUUAAUAUUAAACACUGAUCCUUGUAUUGCA